GCAGAACUGACAGAAAGUACGAGGACCGAAGGACAGUGAUCUUCAGUAGGACAUACCUGCCUCAGGAUUCACAACUGAAUUGCAAAUCUUUAACGACUUCGGGGAGUUUAGUCCAGACUUGUUGGACAUACCUCGUCCCGAUGGCAAAUGAGAGACUGGUUCAGCCCCAGACUGUCAGACUGCUCCUUUGGUCUUCCUGAACUCCAGGGAAGCAUGUUUGCCUGCAAAGCACGUUCAGUUCUAAUUCCAAUAAAGCUGAUGGAGUUGUGGAGGUUACCCGUCUUCUGCUGCUCUGCUGUGGAUCCAUCCUCUCAGUUGCCAUAGAGACAAGAUCUGGAAGCCAUGGAUGGGAGAGGAGCUGCGGGCAGGCUCUCCGCCAGUGGUCUCCAGCAGGGCCUUUCUCAGCAGGUACUGAGAGAGUCAGGUUCAGUCUCUGAAGGUGAGGAAGAGUCAGAAGAUGCUAACUCGGUGACCCAUGAGGGGGACUCGCACACGCAUUACAUUGCCAUUCAAAGAAAUUCCAGGUACUACCGGUCCAUGAGGCUGCCGAGCAGAGGGAAAAGAAAGACUUCGAGAGAAGCAAUGCACAUGGGGCGUGCUACAGGGUCACUCAAAAACAACGAGCCUGUCAAAGAGCCUCUGAACAUUUUAUCUCACAAGGGAUCACCAUCCCCAGUAAGCUCUGAUAAGACAACUUUAGACGAACUAUGGAUCCAAAGGCUGCUGCCUUCCUACCCCCGUUACCGUGGCAACCGCCCGGGCUCCCCCAGCCCCGCGCCGCUGCCGCCGCUGCCGCUGCCGCAGGAGCUGCUCGGCAGCCGCCUGCCGCCGCCGCCCAUGGAGCUGCUGGCCGCGGCGCUCAGCGCCGCCUGCGCCCUCGACCAGGACGGCUCAGCGGGACAGCCCGGCAGGGAGCCCCCUGCCGCCGCUGAGGAGAGCCCCGCCGCCGCCACCGCCGAGGCGCCGCCGCCCGCCCACCCCAUGACGGCCGAUUCCUGGAGGAACCUCAUCGAGCACAUCGGGCUCUUGUAUCAGGAAUAUCGAGAUAAAUCUACGCGCCAGGAGAUUGAAACCAGACGACUGCAGGAUUCACAGACAGACCCUGAGGAGAGUUCCCCCAGCGAGGAAACCCCAUUUGAAGCAGAACCUACAAGUACAACCGAAAACAAAGCUCCACCACAAAUCAGUUUGCUGAGGAACUCCAACUCCAGGUUCAACUUAUGGCAGGAUCUUCCCGAGAUCCGGAGCAGCGGGGUCCUCAGCAUCCUCCAGCCAGAUGAGAUCAAGCUGCAGGAGGCCAUGUUUGAGCUGGUUACUUCCGAAGCCUCAUAUUACAAGAGUCUGAAUCUGCUGGUGUCUCACUUCAUGGAGAACGAACGUCUGAAAAAGAUCUUACACCAGUCUGAGGCCCACAUCCUCUUCUCCAACGUCCUGGAUGUCAUGGCUGUUAGUGAGCGCUUCCUGUUGGACCUCGAGCAGCGGGUGGAAGAGAAUAUUGUGAUCUCGGAUGUGUGCGAUAUUGUCUACCAGCAUACAGUUAAUCACUUCUCUGUGUACAUCACCUACGUCUCCAACCAGACCUACCAGGAGAGAGCUUACAAGCAGCUUCUCCAAGACAAGCCAGCUUUCCGGGAACUGAUCUCUCAGCUGGAGCUGGAUCCCAAGUGCAAAGGCCUGUCCUUUUCUUCAUUCCUGAUUCUGCCAUUUCAAAGGAUCACUCGGCUCAAGCUGCUGGUGCAGAAUAUUUUGAAGAAAGUGGAAGAGAAGUCUGACAGGGAAACCACUGCCUUGGAUGCACAUAAAGAGCUGGAAACAGUGGUGAAGGCAUGUAAUGAAGGUGUCAGGAAGAUGAGCCGAACAGAGCAGAUGAUCAGCAUCCAGAAGAAGUUGGAAUUCAAGAUCAAGUCUGUGCCCAUCAUCUCUCACUCCCGCUGGCUGCUGAAGCAGGGGGAGUUGCAGCAAAUGAAUGGUCCAAAAACAUCACGAACGCUUCGCACCAAGAAACUCUUCAGAGAAAUCUACUUGUUCCUUUUCAAUGAUCUGCUGGUAAUUUGCCGGCAAAUUCCUGGGGACAAGUACCAAGUGUUCGACUCGGCUCCCCGGGGGCUUCUUCGGGUAGAGGAGUUAGAAGACCAGGGGCAGAGUUUGGCCAACGUCUUCAUCUUGAGGCUGCUGGAGAAUGCGGAUGACCGGGAGGCCAGCUACAUGCUGAAGGCAUCGUCCCAGAGUGAAAUGAAGCGCUGGAUGAUUUCGCUGGCCCCAAACCGAAGAACCAAGUUUGUUUCGUUUACAUCCAGACUUGUUGACUGUCCGCAGAUCCAGUGUGUCCACCCAUACGUGGCCCAGCAGCCGGAUGAGCUGUCCUUAGAGCUGGCUGACGUCCUCAACAUCCUGGACAAGACAGACGACGGCUGGAUAUUUGGGGAGCGUCUUCACGACCAGGAGAGGGGCUGGUUCCCCAGUUCUAUGGGGGAGGAGAUCCUGAACCCCAAAAUCCGAGCCCAGAACUUGAAGGAGUGUUUCCGGGUGCAUAAGUCGGAUGACAGUCAGCGGAGGAAACUGGGCAGCAGAAACCGCCAGUGACUGCUGUUGUCCCCGAGCGUCUGGAGUGCCUCUGGGAGAGGGGCAGAGGACAGAGGCUGCCAGCUGGGAGGACGUGGCGAUGGUGCCGUGGGCCGUGGUGCAGGACCUGGCGCGCCAGACCGGGCACAUGCACCCCUGAACAAACAGACUGCAGUUCCUGGGCUCCCCACCACGCUUCCCGCAGCGCUGAUCCUUCCCUGGAGAUCAGCGCUUCGAACUGGCUAAAAUAACCCCUUUUCCAGGUGUUCUGUAAAGCCCCAAAGAGCAUGAGGCAAACGGACACAGCCCAAAGGCCACCAGGUGCCGGCCAGCUGACCCCCAGCGUGCCAGCUGGGGCUGGGUCAGGCCGCCUCGGAAAGGCACGUGGCCACAAACGUAACUAAGCAAUUAAUGUUGUUUUGAGCCCUUACAGCUCAUCGCUACCUUUUGAGUUUGGGGCCCUCCUAAAACUGUUUCAGUUUCUAGCCCUGUAAGAGGCAGAGGAGCUGUCUCGCCGCCUCUGCAGCCUGUUGGCACCAGGCUGGGAUGAGACCCAGGAACUCCACCACCUCCCCCGUCCUGCUGGGAAGCUGUUGGGCCCAUUCCCACCAGCAGACCCUCGACCUGUUUCCAGUCAAAGGCUCCAAAAUGCUCCAUACCCAGCCCUACUCCACCAGCAGCCCAGCCUCGCCAGCCCUGACCCACAUCUCUGCCCACCUGAUGGCCUCGAAGCACGUCCGGGCUCUGCCCCAUGGCUCACCCCCUCUUCCACAGCCUGCGUCCCCCCCGCAGAGCUGCUGCAGAAGCCUGGCACUACGGCCUUGCCCUGUUGAUCCGGCGCUCCCGGUGUCCACUACUCACUGCUGCCGUGGCACGGGGCAGGGUGGCUGUGCCAGCGCCUCCCCACACACUGCCACGUACCACGGGAGCACCAGCAGAGCCCAGCUGCCGCGCAGCAGGACAGUGACGUUACCCCAAGAGCUGUUGUCCCGCGAUCGCUGCCUGCAUGCUUGUAACCCACGCCACCCAGCUGCGCGCACAACUUGCGUGCACAAACCCCUGUACAGGCUCACCUCUGUGUAUAUAUGCACAUCCUCCAUCGCC